AUGGCACCUCCAGCACUCCCAGCCCUCAUCGAAGAUAUCCUCUACCCAUGCCCCCACGAACCACUUCCUCCUCGCACAAAACCCAUGCGUGUCCUCUGCCUCGGCCUCUCACGCUCAGGAACAGAUUCCCUGCGUCGCGCCCUUUAUAUGCUCGGUUUCUCUCACGUGUGGCAUGGCUUUAACCUCCCUGAUCCCUCUUACUCUGCUUUACCCGGCAAGAUAUUCACCCGUCUCGCUCGCAGGAAAUUCUCUCCUGGCUCUAACGACCAGCCAAUCUCUCGAGAAGACUUUGAAGUUGUACUGGCGGAUUGUGAUGCCGUAACAGAUACUCCAGCUGCAAUCUUCGCACCAGAACUGAUAGCCGCAUACCCUGAAGCCAAAGUCAUCCUAAACGUCAGAGAUACAGAGGCCUGGCAUAAAAGUAUGGUUUCUACUCUCGCUUCGCUUCCGGGGAAUAUCAACUAUGGCUGGUUGAUAUAUUUCCAACACCGCUUAUAUUGGACUGCGAGGUCGUUUUUCGAAACCACUUAUUAUGGGAUUUUCGAUGGGGAUAUUGAGAGGACUGGAAAAGAGGCUUAUGAGAGACAUAGUGAGAGUGUUAGGAAUGCGACGGAACCAGAGAGGUUGUUGGAGUGGAGGGUUGAGGAUGGAUGGGGGCCUCUUUGCGAAUUCCUUGAUGUCGAAAUCCCAGAUGAAGAAUUCCCUCACGGCAACAAUGGAGAAGAAUUCCAACGACGCCUUGAGCACUUCAAGAAGGUUUAUCGACACCAGGCGUAUCAAAACAUCUUCGGUCUUACUGGAGCAGUGGUUGCAGUUGCGGCAUUCACGUAUUCCUGGUAUGCGAGGAUGAGAAGGUAG